AUGAAGUUCGCAACAACAAUAGUUGUGGCGUUGAUAUCAAUGUUAUUCUCCUAUUCCGGUGCCGGUGAUGUGGAAGGCGUACCCGCGACACCGGAAAACGCCAUCGGCGAAACAGUGGCGGUAAAUGACACUGCAGAUGAGGUUUCAGACGAAGAGGAAGAAAAUGAGGACAUCCUAGAGGCUGAAGAUGACUCCGAUGAAGCAGAAGAGGAGGAAGAUGAGGACGAGGAUGACCCAGAGAUCGCAGGUCGCAAACGCAUAGCAGGGACGCUGGAAUUCUGCCUGCGGGAUGGCGACAUGACUCCAGUCGAACUGAUAAACUGCGCUAGUGAUAUUUUGCUGAGUGGGAAUUUGAGCCCGCCGCCAGCCUUCAGCAAAUGUGUAGGAGAAUAUGUCAUCUGCACAGGCGUAAACUGUUCCGCGGAAUUAUCGAAAACUGAGUACCGCAGCAAGUAUUACGCCAAAGUCUACGAGGUAAGACGCUAG